AUGUUCCAAGAAACCCCAUUGCAGGUCGUCCUUGACCUCGCAGAACUGAGAGCUAAUGCAGUAUUUUUCCGCUACCCAAAAGUCAUCUGCGACAAUACUACAACUACUGACACUUCCACUACUGACACUACCACCACUGACACUACAACCACUGAUAAAACUACUACUGUCACUACCUAUACUGACUCUACCACUACUGACACUACCACCACUGAUAAAACUACUACUGACACUACCACUACUGACACUACCACUACUGAUAAAACUACUACUGACACUACCACUACUGACACUACCACCACUGACACUAUUACUACUGACACUACCACUACUGACACUUCCACUACUGACACUACCCCUACUGACACUACCACCAACGAUAAAACUACUACUGACACUACCCCUACUGACACUACCACCAACGAUAAAACUACUUUAACCACUGCUAACAAUACCACUACUGACACUACAACUGACACUACCACCACCACUACUGACACUACCACUACUCACACUAUUAUUACUGACACUACCACCACUGACACUACCACUACUGACACUAGCACUACUGACACUACCACCACUGACACUAUCACUACCGAC